GUUCUGUAAUAAUUUUCCAACAAGAGCAGUUGGCAGUAGUUAGUCUGGUCUUUUAAAAUCAUACAUGUCACCUGUUAACUUGAGCAGGUAAGCGAAGUCUCACUCUUUCUAUGUCUCUUUCUAGCUCCAUAGCUCUCUGCAUUGUUUUUGAUCUAUAAAGGUUGGAACUUGAUGCUUCCUUUGCUGUUUUUGAAAGUACCCAAUUGGUGAAUUGGGUUUUUCUCGUCGAAUUUAACCAAGCAUUUGAUGCUUUUGGAGGUACAAUCAAAAACCCAAUUAGGGGGACUGCUAAAACCCUGUCCAUUUCAGCUCUUGCACAAUUCAAGUAGAAUUUGAUGCCUUUUGGUCUUUCUUGGGUACCCAUCUAAGAAUAUCUCAAAAGGGGUUCUGUAACUUUCCUUUUUCUUGGUUCUGGGUCUUUUUUAUUCAAAACUUCAGCUGGUUGUUAUUUCCUUAUUAUUAGUAACUGGCAACCAUAUUUUUUAUUAUAAUCAUUCAUUGCUUGAAGCUUGGAGUGAUUCUCCCCAAUUUUGGUCAUAGUUGAAGAGAUUCAGAACCGCUUUCCAUCAAUCAGAUUGAUGUUUGAUUGAGUUGAGGGUAUGAAAUUUUAGUUCGCCCCUAUACAAAAGAGAAAAAGGGAAUCUGCUUUCUUUUUGUUACUCUGGUGAGCUGUUACUUAGCUAAUGUCAUUGUUUGUCUAUGUCUACUUUAUGCUCUGAAAGGUUCACUUUUCUUGUCUGUGGGGAGCAUUUUCUUCUAUUUUAUAUUUUUUCCUUCUCUGCACUAGAGUAAGCUUGAUCCUAGGGUUUUUGAAAGGAAGAGGAGAGUAGCUGGUACCAUAUAAGAUUUUAUGCCUGAUGCACUGGAUUUAUCCUUUCACUUUGUGUCCAUGGGAUUCUGCAACGAGAGGCAUCUGUUGUUACUUUAGCACCCUCUCAGGUCUAUAAAGCUGCAAAGGUUACUUGUUCCUUGUCGAGUCUGCAAGAUAUCACCAGUCAAUUUUGGUCAAAGCCACCCACUUUGCCUUUAGUUUCAUAGAUUUCUUGUGUUUCAUUAUCUAUUCAUAGUCCUGGUCUUCGCCAACUGUUAAGUGGGGUGUUGUCAUUUGAAUAAUAUAUAGGGGGACGCCAUAAGCUUCUGAAUUCAGAAAUGGGUGGUCAUGACAGUGAGGAUGGGGGGUUUCAACAUAGAAAUGAGGGAAGUCUGAAUUGCCCAUCUUCAGGGAUGAGCACAAAUCCACUGCCUGAAAAGGUUUCGCAAAUGACAAUGAGCUCAGUAUCCAUGUUUAAGCCUUCAAAUGGAGCUGACCCUUUUUUUGGUUCUGGUUGGGAUCCAAUUGUUUCAUUGAGUCAGAGUGAUAAUUUUGGAGGUUCUUCAGUCGUUUCUCACAGAGAAUUUUCCAAUCCUCCUUACCCCGUGGCAUUGGAAAAUCCGGGAAUGAGUAGCACCUCUCACCUUGUUCAAUACCCAUCUGAUUCAAGCUAUGUCGAAAUGGUGCCAAAGCUUCCAUGUUUUGGAAGUGGGAGUUUCUCAGAAAUGGUUGGUUCUUUUGGCCUAUCUGAGUGUGCUCAGAUUACAAACCCUGGGUGUGUUGCAAACUAUAACCCAAACAGGGAGGGGGGUACUGAGAGGACUUCAACAAUUGGCGCCCAAUCUCAUGAUGAUCACCAAAUUUCGGAAGAGGGUGCUUUAGGAUCUUCACCCAAUGGAAAGAGAAGGAAACGAGUUCCUGAAUCCAAUUCUGCAUUCAGUCCAAAUAAGAAUGCUGAAGGGGAAAUUAACAAGGAUCUGUCUGGGGAGAGCUCUGAUUAUCUGAAAGAACAAGAUGAGAAAAAAGCAAUAGGUGAAGACAACACAGCUGCAAAUUUGCGCGGUAAGCAGAUGGGCAAACAGGCUAAAGAAAGUUCUCAGAGCGGAGAUCCAAAGGACAGUUACAUUCAUGUUAGAGCCAGAAGGGGUCAGGCUACAAAUAGUCAUAGCCUCGCCGAAAGGGUUAGAAGAGAAAAGAUUAGUGAGCGGAUGAGAUUGCUUCAAGAACUUGUUCCAGGAUGCAAUAAGAUUACUGGGAAGGCUGUAAUGCUUGAUGAGAUCAUCAACUAUGUGCAAUCUCUGCAACAGCAAGUUGAGUUUUUAUCAAUGAAACUCGCGACAGUCAAUCCAGAACUCAACAUCGAUAUAGAACGGAUUCUAUCCAAAGAUAUUCUUAACUCACGAAGUGGCAGUGGAGCUAUCUUCGGGUUUAGUCCUGGAAUCAGCUCUUCUCACCCAUACCCUCAUGGUAUGUUCCCAGGAAACUUGCCAAGUAUGCCAAGUUCAGCUCCACAAGCUCCACAAUUUCCUUCCUUGCCUCAGACUGUGUUAGACAGUGAGCUCCAAGGUCUUUUCCAUAUGGGUUUUGAUUCUAGUUCAGCUAUUGACAAUUUGGGACAAAAUGGCCGCUUGAAAUCAGAGCUAUAAGUUUGGAACAGAUAUUAAGGUCUACUCCCUCGCAACGGAUAAUUCAAAUUUUCAGUUAACUGUAUUUGACUCAGUUAGAGAAGAAGAAAAAACUGGAAGAAAAAAAAAGGAAACAAAAGAAGAAGGUUUUUCAGUUGUAUAGGCUCUAAGUUCCUAAUUGUUUGUUCUUCGAAUUUUUAGCAGAAGAAGAUGACUUUGUUGUAUUACAAAAAAACAAAAAAUUGUGUAUAAUCAGACAAGGAAGGCAAGACUUUGAUUGGUGAAGAUGAUUGUUUGUAACUUUGUUAUUGGUGUUUGUAGAAUAGGACUAUGCUUGAAGUUUUCUGAGGGUUUUUGGGGAAGAAACUGUGAAAGAAAUGUUUUUAUUUUCUUGUAGAGUGCAUCGUGAUAAGAAAAUAGAUGCGGAGUGACAGAUUGUUUUGAUAUUCA